AUUAAUUAGUUAUAAAAAAAAGUGGUUUGUGUUUCAUUUAAUAUGCAGAGACCCGGAAAACGUCUUAAUAUGGGGAAAGUUCUCAGGAUAAAUGUGGAAGACAAAAAUACUCAAAGGCAAACCCGAAACAAAAUCUCGUCUAAAUGUCCGCAGAACAAGGUCCUGUCGGGAAAGGGCCAUGGUCAGGGUCUUUCCUCAUGUUUGAUUACUACGUCCCCCAAUUUAAGAAUUCCCGGAGGAGCCAACGAUCCAGCCCAACGCCGAGUCGGAACUCUUCCGCGGACCGACAGCGAAUGCCAAUUUAAAGCACCAGGGAUCCUCUUCAUGACCGAAAAAGAUACCACAUUAUCUACCCACGAAGUCAAAAUGUUCCCUUUGACAUCCCCGGGAACUGAACUGAGGCCCAAACACGUUUCCUUGUCAAAAUUGGCAAAUGAAAGUCCAAAAAAACACCAAAAAACACAAACGCUUUAUAGAGAAUCUUCGGCACAAACCCUGCCAUAUCUGCCAGAAGUUUUUAAGGAAGUGGAUGUACAAGAACUUGAACUAUUCUCCUUACCAACUGUUCUUCCCGGCGAAAAUCCUCCAGGGCUCUACGAAACCGAGGUCCUGGAACGCGCGAAAAGACGAUGGGCCUUAAAGAAAGCCCUCAACACGAAUAUCAAAACAUAUUUCAGAGAUGUCCGGACAAAAAUCUUACAGUACAAGCCUAUUUUGGAGGCCUUAGAGUGGGAGCAAUGGAUCCAGCGAGAAGAGUACAUCCAGGAAUGCCAGAUGAUGCGUCUGGAGAUUGUAAUCAAGAUGUUUAACAAGCGGGAAAAGGAGAUGCACUCCGCCUCCAAGUCGCGGAUUGAGAAAGCCUGCGAGGAAAUCGAGAAGCGUCGCCAAGCCAGUCUGUACAACAAUGAACGACAGUUCAACAAGGCGUUGCGCAAAUUGGACGCCAAAAGGAGCAAGUGGCGGAAGGAAAGCCCUCUACAAGCACUGGGUAGCCCGUGCUCCGAAUUCUAUGCACCACUUUUAAGACACGGAGUCGAUCCAGCCCGUCGAAGCUACGUGCCGAAAACUAAACGCAAGGCUUUCGACAUGAGAAUCGACGAACUGGAAAAGAAGGUUAACAUGAAGAAUCUGAAAUGUCCCUUCACGACCCUCUUGAGGUGGUCCAAGCCCAAGGAGUACGUGCAAGAGUACGAGCAAAACUUCUGUAAUGAGAGGAAUCUGCAAAACCUCUUCGAGAGCCUGAAAAAGCUAAGAACCGAAGCCGUCGACAAACAGGAUGACCCCAGAUGUCUAAUUAAGCGGCGAAAAGCAGAUCCAAAAGUAGCGAAAGCAGGCUCCAUCUUUAACCUAACCCGGUUUACAGGUCUUUAUGAUACCAACGCAUAUUAUACUCACCAAGAGGAGAAAGUGCCCGUAAGAGCCCCCAGAUUCGUUUCGUUGACACAACAGCAAAUAGAGAAAUCCAAGAAGGAAAAUACGCGUUUCUUACUGGAGAACAUACUGAACAUUAUCGAAGGCACCUUCCUCGGCUAUGUAAUGCAGUUUUUGUCGGAUGAAAUGUCCCGCCUGAGAGAGCAGCAAAAACUCCACAGGUACUGCAUGGCGGUCCAACAGGAGCGCUGGCGACGCGAGGCCAAGGAGAGCGGUUUACGCCAGAAGGAGAACCACAUGCGACUCCUCUACGAUGAACUGCUGCAGCACUGCGCAUGGACCCACAGUGACGUUUCUAAUAACUACAUAGAAUGGUUACUAGAAGCAGAUGCCCGCCAUUGCGCCGAACAAGAAGCUGUCGAGAUGGUGGUUGAGCUGUCCCAACAAAUCGACGCAGACAUGAAAAAGUGGAUGGAAAGCUUUAGGGAAAUCCAGAAUCCCCUCAAUCGAGAUUCUCUAAGAAAGGGUUGCAUGGACAUAUUUCUCCCCGACCCGGAAGGUGUACUAAGAGAUAUAGAAAUCACCCAGAUCGUACAGCACGUAGUGGAGGAUGUGCUCUUUCCGAGGAUUUGGGAGGAACUAGGGCCCUUCGAUAUAGGCACCACGCUGGCGAGCGAUUUGAUUGACCGCCUGAUCGACAACGAUCUGUACCUCUUCUCCACCGACAGCGAGGAUCCUGAAAUUCCCGAAAACGAACCCUGGAAUGAGUCUAGGGCCAUAAUUAGGAAACUUAUCCGAGGUGCUGUGCAGGAGCAGAGCUGGAAAGGAGAAGUCGAACGGAUUGCAGUUGAAAAUUACAAAGACCUUUUUGAUGAUGUUAUUAACCAAAUCAUAUUCAAAAUGGAGAAUCUUGGGCCCACUACCUUGGUGGAUCUGCAUUCCACCAGGUCUCACAAUAUCAUUCAAACGACGGACGACAUCAGGGAGAGGGAAAUGAUCGUCCAGAAUUCAGAAACGGCACCCUCACUGCCGGACACAGAAUUGAUCCGAAUGCACAUUUUGAGUUUGAUAAAGAAACUUAAAUGGGAUACGGUCACCGGAAAUCUGGAGAACAAGGACAAGUAUAAUGGGGAAGACUUUUCCGUUAUCUUCGACACAUACCUUAAGUCCCAGAUAAUCAAUCCCAUCGACUCGACACAAUCGGACAAAACUGUCAAUGACAUAUUCAGCGUACUUAGUUCUAUGGACAUUCAUGAGGAUGUGAGCUUUAAUUUACUCAAAAGUAGGCACAGUAGGAUGAAAGAAGAAAGGGAAAACCAUAAAGAACAAUUCGAGGAGUCAGAGUGCCUGUCAUCAGAGACAAGUGUAUCAUCAAUGUACUUUUCGGAACGUCAGCUCGACGAGAAUAGCCUCUAUAAAAGCCUAAUAGGUGAGACUAAAUCCUCACGCGGUACACCAAAUGUCAAGCACUCUCGAAGUACAAAGUCGCUUAUACAGUCCCCCAAUUCGGAAAUCCUAAAGCACAAGGUCUACGUAUCACUGGACUCAAUUUUAAUGGAAAAUGAGGAGCAAAGGAGGGGAUCUGAGACAGUUGCGAGUUCCCCCAGGACCAAGAAAAUAAAGAGUGAAAGUGAAAUCAAAUUUCCAAAUCCGACAUCUACACGACCGUAUCGUGAUGACAAAUUAUAAUAGUACUUCUGUAGUUAAUAAGCAUUUAAUAAAGAUCACUUAAGAAUUAUAA